UCUUCUUUGGCUAGGAUGGAAACAAAUCCAGAAGUUACUCCCUUCUACAUUAGCUUCAAGGCGGCUGCGAAACUCGCAAACCCUCUCUCUCCCUUCCCCUAUCCCUCCCCUGCUGACUCCUCCUCCUCCCUCCUCCUCCUCCUCCGCCGCCUCCUCCGGCGGCUCUCGACCUCGAAAGCUUCCGGCUUUCCGGCACCGCCGCGACCGCACCGUCUGUUCCGUCCGACCCUUUUCAUCCCCACUGUUUCCAUGGCCUCUUUGAUCUGCUCGCCCCGUUCUCUCUCCGGCGGCUCCUCUGUCCGUUUCCCCUGUUUCUCCUCCAACGAGCCCACCUCUCGCUUGCUAGUCCACAACGGCAUCAGGUGUAAUUUGGUGGAACCGCUGAAGCUCCAGAAUGGGAAACCCUGCAUCCCGGUCAUCAACAACGAAGGCUCGAUACCGAGUUUCUUAACUUCGACGCAUCUCCAAAGUCCGAUCAACAAGAACGACACCCGGCUCCGGAUAUUUUCCGGCACUGCGAACCCUGCGCUUUCUCAGGAAAUAGCUUGCUAUAUGGGUUUAGAGCUUGGAAAGAUAAAGAUAAAGCGAUUUGCCGAUGGAGAAAUUUACGUUCAAUUGCAAGAGAGUGUUAGAGGAUGUGAUGUGUAUCUAGUGCAGCCUACUUGUCCUCCUGCAAAUGAGAAUCUCAUGGAGCUUCUGAUAAUGAUUGAUGCGUGUCGGAGGGCAUCUGCAAAGAACAUUACUGCAGUGAUUCCUUACUUUGGAUAUGCAAGGGCUGAUAGAAAGACUCAAGGGCGUGAAUCCAUUGCAGCAAAGCUUGUUGCAAAUUUGAUUACCGAAGCAGGUGCAAAUCGUGUUUUGGCUUGUGAUCUGCAUUCUGGCCAAUCCAUGGGCUAUUUUGAUAUCCCAGUGGAUCAUGUGUAUGGUCAGCCCGUCAUUCUUGAUUAUCUUGCCAGUAAGACCAUCUGCUCAGAUGAUUUGGUUGUGGUCUCGCCUGAUGUUGGUGGAGUAGCUAGAGCUCGUGCCUUUGCAAAAAAAUUAUCCGACGCACCGCUUGCCAUUGUGGAUAAAAGGCGCCAUGCUCAUAAUGUUGCAGAGGUUAUGAAUUUGAUUGGUGAUGUCAAGGGGAAGGUAGCAGUUAUGGUGGAUGACAUGAUAGAUACAGCAGGGACGAUUGCCAAAGGCGCAGCUCUCUUGCAUCAAGAGGGAGCCAGAGAAGUUUAUGCAUGCAGUACACAUGCUGUUUUCAGUCCACCAGCAAUUGAGAGGUUGUCAAAUGGUUUAUUUCAAGAAGUGAUCAUAACUAACACCAUCCCAGUGUCUGAACAGAACUAUUUCCCUCAGUUGACAGUAUUGUCUGUGGCAAACCUUUUGGGGGAGACGAUAUGGCGUGUUCAUGAUGACUGCUCCGUGAGUAGCAUCUUCCAGUAGUAUUGAUUAAUAAGAUAAUCAAAAUUUAAUUAGUUCUUUUUUCCUUUCUACAACCCUGUGAUAGCCAUGUGGCUUUUUGGCUCCUCUUAAUUUAGUUGACAGUGCAUUCUUGGUGGAUUGGGAGUUGGGAUCAUCAUAUUAGGCAUAAAGAUAGCAUAUUAGGAAAUCUGAAACAGUGAAGCAAUGGAGUUGUGACAUGGGAAGGGGAAUCAUCAAAGCUCAGAGCCAUUUUCUUUUCGAUUUAUUGUUUGAUUUUGAGUAGUUGAAUGUAGACCCUGCUUAAUGUCCUCCUUGCUGCUGUUGAUAUAGAUUGUUUUGCAUUUUGGUUCUAAACAAGCAUUAAUCGGGUUCAAAUGUAUUUGGGGUAGAGAGCUUUUCAUACUUUUAUGAAUCAAUCUUAAAGGCAAUAAUUCUAAGAUCAGACUUUCUAUGCGGUU